AGCCCAUUGUGUGCAUUCUACCAAUGAGCUCAGUGAUACAGAGUUACAGUAAUACUGACUGCAUUCUGCUCUGAGAGACUCAGCCAUUGUCAGAACCGGCCAAUGACAAAGGAAACACGUUUAAAGAAAUGACAGAGUAUUAACCCGUGCAAACACACCCACAGAUUUACAACAAUAUAAACAGCAAGAGAGAGCAGAGACACAGAGAUAAAUAGAGAGAGACAGACAAACUGCUAGACAGUUAAAUAGAUAGGGAUAGGUAACAUUGUGUCACUUAAGUUAAAUAAUUAUCUACUGUAACUAUUUUUGAUACACAGUAACUGGUCACAACUAAUAGAUAACAGAUUAAUUCUUACUAAUAACAAUACCUAACUGGAUAAACACUCAGAUACUCUCUGCCAUAUUAUACUAUCGCUGCCCAAUACACGCAGACUGCCGAAACAGCCGAUCUGUGAUCGCUGUCACUUUGCCUGGAUCCCUUGUUUGUUGAACACUGGCCGUAGAAGUUCUUCCAGAAGAAGAUGAGCAACCGUGUUAGCUGCGAGGAUGGCGUAACAGACACGCAGUGUGGACAUGCAAAUGGUGGCCAGGUCACGUCGUUGGGUCCAGAGAUUAUUCAAGAACUCCUUGUCAAUAGUCACGAAGCCAAGAAAUUUGCCUACUGCCCGUACAGUAAAUUCCGUGUGGGCGCUGCGCUGUUGACUCACGAUGGGAAAGUCUACCUGGGCUGCAAUGUGGAAAACGCAUGCUACACGCUGGGUACAUGCGCAGAACGCACAGCUAUCCAGAAAGCGGUCUCGGAGGGUUACAAAGAAUUUAAAGCUAUAGCAGUCGCAACAGAUGUGGAGAGUGAAUUUAUCAGCCCGUGUGGAGCCUGCAGACAGGUUAUGAGAGAGUUUGGACAAGAACUGGAAAUUAUUCUGACCAAAUCAGAUGGGACAUACAUAAUAAAAACACUGCACCAGAUGCUACCAAUGUCUUUCGGACCAGAGAAACUAGAGAUAAAAUGAGAAGGAAGAUUCGUCACGCAAUCUGUGUUAUUUAUUAAAUAUCACAUAUAUUAAUUAUAUGUCUGAAUGUAACCUGAAUAUAUUGUAUUAAUCACA